CCGCCACUGCUCAAUCAAUGGCUGGGUGAUGAUGCAACCUUGACGAUGCCCAAUAUUUCUCUCUCAAGAAGCCUCCCCUUUUGCGCAUUGAGAACAUAAACCACCCGUCACGCGCCAGACAAUCAAUCCUCCGGGGAAGUCGUUCCGUGGUGGAAACGGUCUCGAUGAGUCGAUGCUUUCUCUCUCCAGCUGGCUGGCCACGAAGGCCCCGUAGGCACCUGCAUGCAGAUUCCUGUCGGAUGACCACGUCUAUGGGGGAUGGUUUCUUUUUCUCCUCGUCUAAUGGGUUCAGGAGAGACACAAAAAACUUAUAUAACUGCUGCUCGCCUACUUACUUUGCUGUCAGACAGCUACUACCUAUCUAGCCCCAGUGGCCGCUGAUGAACAGAAUGGUAUGAGGAUGAGGUUUGUUUCUAAACAGGCCCACCCCUGCAGAUCAAGGAUCGUUGUCAAGCUACCUACUUAUAUCAAGACACAGGCGGCGAACUCAGCAGUAAACAAUGACACGCUCUUCUUCAACAGCGUUGUCCCACUGUACGCCGGCCCCGUUUUCUCCGCCGCGCUCAUCCUGCUGCCCAUCUUGAUCCUGGCUCAGUAUGUGCGGCGCGACUAUCGCGCCUUCAUCGCCCUAGGACCGGGGGGCACCCCGUCCACUCCACGCGGCUACCUUCGCAUCUGCGUGCUCCGACUCUUCACCCUCCGCAACCCACUGCACCCGCCGGCCGUGGCCCCAACGCUGUCUCCGCAACAGGGGAUUCUCACAAGCGAUCGGCUCCCCGCCCGCAACGGCUCCCGGCCCCGUGUGGCCGGCAUCGCCCCCCAGCGCCAGGUAACACAGCAGGGCGACAGUGCCGCCUACGAAAGUCUAGCAGCAGCCCUCCGGCGCCUGGCUCACUCCCAUCCCGAAAAACUAUACACCGCCACCUCCUGCUUCGAGAAGCACAGCACGGGAGUCUUCGUGCACGCCGCUGCCCGCGUCCGCCCCACCUGCAGCGGCGAGGUCUGCCACGCCCAUCCCUCUGACGGAAGCCUCCAUCUCACCCUCCACCCGGCUGACGUCCGUCUCGUCCUCGACCGCGGAUGGGGCCAGCGUCACCCGCUCGCCCGGGAAGGCUGGUGGUGGCGUCGUGCAAAGUUCGUGCCCCCGGGCUUCGUCAUGGUUUAUGCCCCCCGCGACGCCAAGGAGCUCCGCUCCGUCCUCGAGAUCGUCCGUGCUGCUGCCUGGUGGGUGAGCGGGAGGGAGUUGGCUCUGCCGGAUGUCCCUGCAGAUAGAUAACUCCUAGUACUAUACUGCUAGUACCAUACUAGUUACUAGUUUAAAGUACUAUGUUAUUUCAUUAAACAAUCAAGACUAGAACUAUAGUAUACAUGUCUACCGAGUCAUACAAUACUACUUAGUCAUACAUUCAAAUCUAUAAUGCUAGGUCAGACUGUGGACAUUCUGGAGACUCAUGCAGGGUGAAGGCUUGAGGUGAGAAGAACAUGGUAUUUGGAAGGUUAAAGUGGAAGAAGAGGGAAGACUUGGGUGGACGCCGUAGAAAGAGAAAAAUGAGGCUUUAAUAGCAUCGAGGAAUAAAGAGAGCCGUUAGAGAACACGCGCGCGCAAGUACCAAAGCUGCAAAUCCCCCUUUCCCCCCCG